AUGCCACGACGUAAAUCUCCUGACACGGGCAAAUGUAAGGUCUCUCGUACCAGAAGCGUAGGUGGAUGCUACGCUUGCCGAAGAAGGAAAGUUGAAUGCGGAGAAGAAAGGCCCAAAUGUCAACGAUGCGCUAGUACUGCAUAUGACUGCAAAUACAACCUUGUCUUGAGAUGGCAGGAGGAAUUUGCCAUAAGAGCCUUUGGUCGAUCCGGCGUGUGGAAGAAAAUUGACCGCCGAGGAUCGACUUCGGACGUUCAUCGAUCUCCUUCUUACGAUCUCUCGUCGGGAUUGGUUACACAGUGCUAUAUCCCGCACAUAUCACAUCAUCAUCUUGUAAACGGGACCGUCAAGAACUUUCACGAGAUGCUGUCAUGUGAUAAAGACGACCAAGCCGGUGUUGAACGUGAACUAAUGGAUACUGCCGUCGAAGUCACCACUCUUACUUCUCCUAGAUUGAAAUAUGUUCCAGCCUGCACAGCACUUGUUGCAUCUCCUAUCAUCUCAUCGUUACCUCAUGUGGAUGACAUAAAUACAACUCUUCUGCUUCAAUAUUAUGUAGACCGUCUAUGUCUGCUAACAACUCCCAAUCAAUCUACAAACUCACCAUUCGCAACAAUAGUUCUCCCUAUUGCAUUGAGUACAUCGCAAUCUACCCUACAAUCUCUUUUGGCACUUUCGGCGUGUCAUAAGAGUAAAACAGAUGCUUCCUGGGGACCGGUUGCCAUGCAGCUUAAGGCGCGGACUCUUCAAUUCUUGCGAGGGAGACUCGAUCAAGGAGACUCCGUAGAGAUAUCAAGAGACCCCGAAAUCAUCACCGUAAGUAUGAUCAUGUGCUUGUAUGAAAUCAUCAAUAGAUGCGAUGAACAGUGUGUAGUUUACCUUCGAGGCGCGCGCGAUAUUAUCCGGAUCCGAAAACAAUUCCCAUUUCUUGCCACUGAAAAAAGCCAGUGGCAACUCCUCCUUUCGUUUUCAGAACGCUUCUUCGCAUACCAGGAUGUGCUGGAACGAACAGCAUGUGCCGGUGUACCAAAUCUCAAGAGUUGCGCUUGGAAAUCUAAAGCUCAUGAAAUCGAUAUAUCGAUGGGCUGUUCCCCAGAACUCUUCCAUAUAUUAGGGUCAAUCACAGAUCUGAUCUAA